AUGAGAGUUGUGCUACACCGUGUCCUUAUGGCGCCCACACCUGAUUCCGUGUCUUCUGAGAAAACGUACCCCGCCCCCGCGGUAUGCGUCGACAGCAAGGGCCGCGACACUCCCUUCACGCCAGUACAAACCUCCGGGCCGUUCUACCCCCUCCAUAUGAGCCAUGAAGACGUGGACAAUGACCUCACCAUCACGCACAGAGGCGCCCCGCGCGCGCUCGGCCAAGUGAUCUACAUCCGGGGACGGGUGACGGACCAUGCCGGGCGGCCGGUCGCGGGCGCGCGGAUUGAGGUGUGGCAAGCGUGCGCGAGCGGGAAGUAUAAUCACCCGGGAGACGACAAUCCGCUUCCGUUGGACCCCAAUUUCAAGUACUUUGGCCGUGCGAGCAGCGACGAGCACGGGCGGUACGUGUUCAAGUCCGUCAAGCCGAGCGCGUACGCGCCGAGCCCCGAGGGCGAGUACGGGUACCUUGCAAAGGACCCCGCGGAGGUGCGUCCCGCGCACGUCCACUUCAAGGUGUACAAGGACGGGUACAAGACGCUGAUCACGCAAAUGUACUUUGAGGGGGAUCCCUUCCUGAAGACGGACCGGAUCGUGCAGGCGCUGGCCCCCGAGAAGAGAGGGCUGGUCAUCAUUGCGGCGGAGUGGCCGCAGCCGCAGGACGAGCCGGCGUCACACAGCUACGCGUUCAACAUCGUGAUGGAGCAGCAAGACAUGCCGGACGGCGCGGCCGGGGCGUGAGGGACGGGAGUUGCUGUUGUGAGAGGAACCGUGUAAGGUUGGUUGCAUGGAACUUUUAGUCGUGGAUGGUUGCGCAAGCAGAAGCUAUAGGCGCUAGUCAAAGCUGCAUUUGAGGAAGACGCAUUCCGAUCAUAGCGUUUUUGUAAUUAAGGCUAGAUAGGCCGGCUGCAGUAGAGUGGAAGUCAAGAGUCAGUGUCUGAUACCAUAGAAGGCCCGGUUGCGAGUGAGCAUCUGGGCAAGGUCCUUGCAAUAUAACCUAGCUUGCUAUGUUUCUGAACGCUGUACAGUAUAUCAAGUAUACAAAGCAUAGAAAGUAUAUAUAAAGCAUAGAUUGGCACUGAGGCCCUUAGUAGAGGUUGUAUAGUGAUCUGCAUAGUCGACAGUCAAAACGCCAAAUUUCGGUGACGGUAUACUCACCAAGGAAGUGAGAGCAGCUGCUUAGGAUCGAACAGGCAUGACCAAUAUUACGCCAGCGGUACAAGAAUCAGUCAUUGAAAUGUAUAUCAUUCUGGAGCGCAUCCAGGCC